AUGUCUAAUAAUGCCAUAGAUCAGUGUGCCAAGAUAAACUUGAAAACUGAAAUGUGUGAGACACCGCUUCAUUGUGCUGCGCAAGUAGGAGUAGAAGAAACUCUCAAAUUGCUAAUUGAGAGAGGAGCUGACGUGAAUGCCAAAAACACAAAUGGAUUAACGGCGUUGCACCUAGCCAUUCAGGAGAGACAUCAAAAUAUCGUACAAAUCCUCGUAGAUCACGGUUCCGAUGUGAAUUCAGAAACUAAACGGGGUGAGACAGUACUUCAUUGCGCGGCGCGAGUGGGUCUAGAAAAAACCUGCAAGCUGCUAAUUGAGGGAGGAGCUGACGUAAAUGUCGGAAACGGAGAUAGAGAAACGGCACUGCACCUAUCCAUUCAGGAGGUACACCAAGAUAUCGUACGAAUCCUCGUAGACCAUGGUGCCGAUGUAAAGUCGAAAAAUAUAUGGGGCGAGACACCACUUUAUUUCGCUGUGCGAGCAGGUCUAACAGAAACUUGCAGUUUACUACUCGAAAGAGGAGCUGACGUGCAUGCCAAAGACACAAAUGGAUUAACGACGCUGCACCUAGCCAUUCAGGAGAGACACCAAGAUAUCGUACAAAUCCUCGUACAUCAUGGUGCCGAUGUUAAAGAAAAAUCUGAAUUUGACGAUGUACCGCUCCAUUUUGCUGCACGAGUCGGACACGAAGAAAUUUCCCGGUUGCUAAUUGAGAGAGGAGCUGACAUGCAUGCCAAAGACAAAAAUGGAUUAACGGCGCUGCACAUAGCUGUUCAAGAGAAACACGAAGAUAUCGUGAAACUUCUCGUACAUCAGGGUGCCGAUGUCAACUUUAAAUCUGUAUGUGGCGUGACACCACUUCAUUUCGCUGCGCUAGAAGGUUCAGAAGAAAGUUGCAGGUUGCUACUCGAAAGAGGAGCUAACGUGCAUGUUGAAGACAAAAAUGGAUUAACGGCGCUGCACAUAGCCGUUCAAGAGAAACACGAAGAUAUCGUGAGACUUCUCGUACAUCAUGGUGCCGAUGUCAACUUGGAAACUAGAACGGGCGAGACAUCGCUUCAUUUUGCUGCGCGAGUAGGACACGAAGAAAUUAUCAGGUUCCUAAUUGAGAGAGGAGCUGACAUGGAUAUUGAAGACAACAAUGGAUUAACAGUGCUGUACGUAGCCAUUCAGGAGGAACACCAAGAUAUUGUAAAAAUCCUCAUAGAUUUGGGUGCCGAUGUUCAUUGGAAAGCUGUAUGUGACGUGACACCGCUUCAUUUUGCUGCGCAAUUAGGGUUAGAAGAAAUUUGCUGCUUGUUAAUCGAGAAUGGAGCUGACGUGAAUGACAAAGAUGUAUAUGGAUGGUCAGCGGUACAUCGUGCCGCUGAUCGUGGUCAAGUGGGUGUAGUAGAAAUUCUAGUGUAUGCGGGCGCCGAUAUCAACUCAAGAAGUGAAUCAGGUUAUUCGGCAGUAGACGUUGCAUCCGGUAACGAUGAGUUCGAAGUCGUUCUAGCUCUCAUUGAAAAUGACUGUGACGUAAAAUGUGCCGAUGUCAACUUGAAAACUAAAUCUGGCCGGACACCGCUUCAUUUUGCUGCGCAAGUAGGACUGGAUGAAAUUUGCAGGUUGCUACUCGAGAGAGGAGCUGACGUGGAUGCCAAAGACGACAGUGGAUUAACGGCGUUGUUUGAUGCCAUUCAGGAGAGACACAAAGACAUUGUGCAAAUCCUCGUGGAUCAAUGUGCCGAUGUCAACUUGAAAACUAAAUCUGGCCGGACACCGCUUCAUUUUGCUGCGCAAGUAGGACUGGAUGAAAUUUGCAGGUUGCUACUCGAGAGAGGAGCUGACGUGGAUGCCAAAGACGACAGUGGAUUAACGGCGUUGUUUGAUGCCAUUCAGGAGAGACACAAAGACAUUGUGCAAAUCCUCGUGGAUCAAUGUGCCGAUGUCAACUUGAAAACUAAAUCUGGCCGGACACCGCUUCAUUUUGCUGCGCAAGUAGGACUGGAUGAAAUUUGCAGGUUGCUACUCGAGAGAGGAGCUGACGUGGAUGCCAAAGACGACAGUGGAUUAACGGCGUUGUUUGAUGCCAUUCAGGAGAGACACAAAGACAUUGUGCAAAUCCUCGUGGAUCAAUGUGCCGAUGUCAACUUGAAAACUAAAUCUGGCCGGACACCGCUUCAUUUUGCUGCGCAAGUAGGACUGGAUGAAAUUUGCAGGUUGCUACUCGAGAGAGGAGCUGACGUGGAUGCCAAAGACGACAGUGGAUUAACGGCGUUGUUUGAUGCCAUUCAGGAGAGACACAAAGACAUUGUGCAAAUCCUCGUGGAUCAAUGUGCCGAUGUCAACUUGAAAACUAAAUCUGGCCGGACACCGCUUCAUUUUGCUGCGCAAGUAGGACUGGAUGAAAUUUGCAGGUUGCUACUCGAGAGAGGAGCUGACGUGGAUGCCAAAGACGACAGUGGAUUAACGGCGUUGUUUGAUGCCAUUCAGGAGAGACACAAAGACAUUGUGCAAAUCCUCGUGGAUCAAUGUGCCGAUGUCAACUUGAAAACUAAAUCUGGCCGGACACCGCUUCAUUUUGCUGCGCAAGUAGGACUGGAUGAAAUUUGCAGGUUGCUACUCGAGAGAGGAGCUGACGUGGAUGCCAAAGACGACAGUGGAUUAACGGCGUUGUUUGAUGCCAUUCAGGAGAGACACAAAGACAUUGUGCAAAUCCUCGUGGAUCAAUGUGCCGAUGUCAACUUGAAAACUAAAUCUGGCCGGACACCGCUUCAUUUUGCUGCGCAAGUAGGACUGGAUGAAAUUUGCAGGUUGCUACUCGAGAGAGGAGCUGACGUGGAUGCCAAAGACGACAGUGGAUUAACGGCGUUGUUUGAUGCCAUUCAGGAGAGACACAAAGACAUUGUGCAAAUCCUCGUGGAUCAAUGUGCCGAUGUCAACUUGAAAACUAAAUCUGGCCGGACACCGCUUCAUUUUGCUGCGCAAGUAGGACUGGAUGAAAUUUGCAGGUUGCUACUCGAGAGAGGAGCUGACGUGGAUGCCAAAGACGACAGUGGAUUAACGGCGUUGUUUGAUGCCAUUCAGGAGAGACACAAAGACAUUGUGCAAAUCCUCGUGGAUCAAUGUGCCGAUGUCAACUUGAAAACUAAAUCUGGCCGGACACCGCUUCAUUUUGCUGCGCAAGUAGGACUGGAUGAAAUUUGCAGGUUGCUACUCGAGAGAGGAGCUGACGUGGAUGCCAAAGACGACAGUGGAUUAACGGCGUUGUUUGAUGCCAUUCAGGAGAGACACAAAGACAUUGUGCAAAUCCUCGUGGAUCAGGGUGCCGAUGUCAAGUUGAAAACUAAAAUAGGCGAGACAUCGCUUCAUUUUGCUGCGCGAGGAGGACAAGAACAAAUCUGCUGGUUGUUAAUCAAAGGAGGAGCUAACGUGGAUGCCAAAGACGAAAGUGGAAAAACGGCGCUAUUGGUAGCCAUUAUAGGGGGACACAAAGAUAUCGUACAAAUCCUCGUAGAUCAGGGUGCCGAUGUCAACUUGAAAACUAAAAUAGGCGAGACACCGCUCCAGUUUGCUAUGCGAGAAGAACAAGAAGGAAUUUGCAGAAUUCUAGUCAAACUGAACGUGGUCAAGUGCGUAUCAUGGAAAUUCUCUUGAAUUCGGUUGUCGACAUUGAUUCCAUAGAUGAGAAUGGUAAUACUGCACUUCAUCUUGCAUCCGGCGCCGAUCAGUAUGAAGCCGUUCUGACU